CCCCAGUCAAGUCUGUGCUCGCUAGACCACCCUCAUGUUACAUCUAUACCACAUAGACGAUCAGGAUAUGGACCGUUCUUUUGAGAGGAAACAAACGAAGCCACGAGAGCACUAAAAAAGGGUUUCGAAGAUGAUGAUCCAGUCAAGAUUAGCGCUGCUGUUAGUGUUAGUGUCAGCCGGCUUGGUUAUCGCCACUCCCAGCCCUGCCGCCCUCCGUAAAUCCGAACGCGAGAGAUGCAACAAAACCGUGGAGAUCUACGAGGACGUGUCGAAUCCAUCGGUGCAGGCCGACAAUUGGGGAAAACCGCUGACAUGCUGGUACCGCUUUCGUGCCUUUCGCGGCACCCCUAGGGACUGGAUUUUACGCGUUAGGUUCAAGAAAUUCAAGGUGGGCACUCUCGUCAACGCCACUACUUGUCUCGGUGGUUAUUUGCAGAUAGCGGACGGCAACACGAAGACGGAGGUGAGCAAUCGCAAGGAACUCGGCGUGUUCUGCGGCGAGUCCGAGCAGCCGCAGACGUUCAUCUCGGAGACGUCCUUCGUCCGCGUGCUCUUCCACACGGACAACUUCACCGACCAGACGUACUUCAGCUUCGACUCUCGCGCCGAGCAGCAGUUCGAGGUGUACCUGCGAUACGGGCAGCACCCCGAGCUCUACCCCAAUCGCCGUGGCGAGAUAGUGUCCGGCACCUACUGCGAGCGCAGCUUCAAGGACUGCCGGCUGCAGACGUGCUACGUCCAGAGUCCGGCCUACCCGGGCAUCUAUCCGCGAGCGCUGCACUGCAAGUACCGGCUGAACACCCGGCAGCCGUUCAUCAAGCUGUACAUCGAGAACGAGGAGUUCAACAUCGACGGGCAGCGCUGCGAGAACAUCAUGACCUGCCCGAUGAGGCCGAUCAGCUCGGGCGCCGAGCACUGCCCCUACGACUACCUGCGGAUCUACGACGGGCUGAACGAGAGCGCGCCGGUCAUCGGCACGUUCUGCGGAAUGGGCAAGUUCCCGUACAGCAUCAUCGGCACGGGGCGCGACCUGUUCGUGGAGUUCGUCUCGUCGCCGGCCGGGCCGCUGCUCAACACGGGCUUCCACUUCAACGUGGGCAACUGGCCGGGCCACGUGGACACGGCCAGCGCGAAGAACGGCAGCUGCGACUGGAUCCUGAGCAGCGAGGCGCUGGCCUCCAAGGACGAGGGCAUCUUCCUGUCGGUGGCGCACUGGUACCCGGCGCACACGAGCUGCACCUACCUGCUGAAGGGCCGCCGGGGCGAGGUCGCGCGGCUCUACUUCCCGAGCUUCCGCGUGAACCGCGUGGAGUCGCCGAUCCAGGCCUACGAGGGCGACUGCGCCGAGAGCCUGACGCUGUACGACGCCGACUGGGCGGACGACAGCCGCAUCAUCAAGACGUUCUGCGACACGUUCAGCAAGCCGAUGGAGAAGCACGACUUCGUGUCGAGCUCGAGCGCGCUGUUCGUGCGGUUCGAGAGCAAGACGGGCAGCUACUCGGGCAGCUCGCUGUACUACUGGGCGCACUACGACUUCUUCAACGCGACGACCUUCGGCGAGCCCGUGGCGGGCACCGAGUGCGACGAGACCUUCGCCUCGUGGAAGAGCCAGGCGGGCCGGCUGCGCUCGCCGCUGAACACGCUGCUGUACAAGAGGCCCGGCGACCCGCCCGCGGACCUCGCCUGCACCUACACCUUCCUCACGGACCCGCGGCUCUACGCCCGGGUGAUCCUGCGGCUCGAGGCGGUCAGCUUCAAGGAGCACCCGUACGCCUCGUGCGGCAACUGCUGGGACAGCCGCGCCGACCGGGUGAUCGUGCACGAGCCGCUGGCCGAGAAGGCCCGCGCCCCGAACGCCGAGCGCGGCUUCUGCCGCUGCCGGCUCGGCCGCGGCGAGCCCGCGCUGCGGCUGCUGUCGCGCGGCGAGCGCCUCGAGCUGCGCUUCCUCGUGGACGGCGCGCACGCGGCCACGAGCUACUUCAAGCAGCCGGGCGCGCUCUUCGAGGCCGAGUACGAGUUCGUGCACAGCCCCCUCUGCGGGCCCGCCGUCCUCGAGCCGCAGACGGACGGCGAGCUCGAGUUCCCGCACUACGAGGCGCUCAACUACGCGGCGCCGACGCGCAGCGUCAAGUGCAUCUGGGAGCUGCGGGCCAACCCGGAGCGCGACCUCUGGCUGCACUUCGUCAAGACCAAGUUCGCCUCGCGCUCCUGCGAGGACGGCAAGCUGGAGAUCUACCUGCCGGGCAGCCCGCUCGACCCGUACCUGGCCAUCUGCGGCGAGAACGUCAGCUACGCGCGCGAGAUGCCGGUGCUGAGCGUCGCGCAGAUCGCCCCGGUCGAGCCCGGCGAGCGCCAGCCCGGCCUGCGCAUCCAGUUCGUCGGCUCGAUGGCGCUGGCGCGCGCCGAGUUCAAGAUCGCCUGGACGGAGCUCUACCACCUGCCGCGCGACUCGGCCGGCAACCUCAACGCGCAGCGGCUGCAGGACUGCGCCUUCCAGUGCCCCGGAGGCGCCGGCUGCAUCCCCGAGCGGCUGCUCUGCAACGGCCACGUCAACUGUCCGCGCCAGGCGCCGCUCUCCUUCGACAACGCCACCGGCCGGCUGCCGCUCGACGACGAGUCGCCGGAGACCUGCGCCAAGUACCUGCCCCAGCCGACGGACGACUCGCUGCCCGGCAAGUCGCUCGGCGAGCUCUUCAGGGGCGCGACCGGCUGGGCCGGCGCCGCUCUCGGCGCCGCGCUCGCCCUGCUGCUGGCGCUCUGCUGCCUCGUCUGCGUCUGCCGGCUCUUCAACAAGCGGCUCGACUCCAGAGACAUUCACGUGUCCUACUGAGACGCUGCCUCCGGAUCGGCCGAGGCCUUCUGUUGAGGCUCGCGUGCUCGUCGAUCGUCGACUGCCGAUAGCCAUACCUAUUCGUAAUGCACGCGCAGCUAUGACUGUAAAUUAUACUGGCAACGAUAGUCUGACCGAUGCGUGGCACUUGUGAUGGUUAACGUUCUUAAUGCCUCGUUGCCGAACAAUAUUGCAAAGCUUCUUGCAGACAAUCAGUUCCGAUUCGCUAUGUCUCUUUUUUUUUUUUUUCUUCGAGUAUAUCGUUUGCAGUGAUAUCUAAGUACCUUCUUCCGUAUGAUUUUCAGUGAUGCGCUGUACAUAAGAAAAUCGAUCGAUUAUUAUUCAAACGAACGAGAGAAAGCGUAGCGUAAUCAAUGCUCGCGAGGGAAAAAAACAAACAAAAGUAAAAUGCGUUUCGCAUUAAAUCGCUCUCUGUACAUAUAUUUCAAGCGGUAAAAAAAAAAUAAUAAGCAGGCCUUGCAAAAUCAUGUGAUAGACGGUAAUUCUAGCAAUUGAAAGUCAGCAAACAAGCGAACAAAAAAAAGCAAUGCUUUAUCGAGGAAAGAAGGAAGAAUAUACUAUGUAAAUAUUAUAAUGCAGACGCUGCGACAACCGUUUCUUUCGGUCACUCUCGCCCUCUUUCUCUCUCUCUCUCUCUCUCAAAGACGAUGUGUUCAAUGCAUUUAACUACGAGUAUUACCUGCAACGCGAGUAAAAGCUUGUGAAUCUACGACAUAAACAAUUUAAAUGUACGAUAGUGGAUAAAAAGAGAAGCUUGCAAGCACAAAAGCUGGAAAAGAAACGAAUUGAUAUUAUACCUUGAUUGUGAUAACUGCGGCGCGUUGUAAAUAGGCAGUCAUAAGUAAAACAAAACCAUUGUACGGCAAUGAUAUUAUAGUAAAAAUAGUUUGCACAUCAUUAAAUGUAAUAUCAGAUCGAUUUUUUUAGCAAUACAAUGUCAGCCAAUUGUUUGUCCGCAGUUAAGAGCGAGAAUAUUUUGAUAGGUCGUAAGAGCGUAGAUGUAAUUUAUUCCUUGUACGUCGACGUCCAUAAGUUAUUUCGUAAAUAAUAUCAACCCAUUGUUAACGAUGUUGAGAAAUUCUCACUUUAAUUGUAUAUCUAAUUUAUAGACUUUUUUUACACAUGCAUAUUGAAUUUUAACUAUAUAUAACGAUUAACACUUAACUAUCGAUCUUCCUAUAGCCAAGAAUAAAAAGUACUGUGACGUGUUCGAAGGAUGACGUAUUGUUAUUAUACGCAUAGGAAUUAAUUAUGAUAUCAUGAAUCUCUGCAAUAAGAGACCUUUUUUAAAACGAUUAUAUACGUAAAAGAGACCAUUGAUUUUCUACCGAUAUAAGAAAAUACCAUACCGUUAUAGCAACAAAGUAAAUCUUAGAAGCAAUGUUUAAAUGUGAUUGACAAAGAAAAAUGUGUCGAUAACGGAAGGCAUCCUAUAUAAUAAUCAACAACGGAAUGGAUGAUAAAAAAUAAUACAAAAGUUUGAUGAAAGCGUUAUUAUUUGGAAACUUUCACAAACGUAAUCGUAGAUGAUAGCCAUUGUAGUAUUACAUGCGUAUUAUCAUGCAGUCGAUAUAUCAUGUCGAACAAUAGCAUUAUUAAUGCGAUUGCAAGUGUAAUAAUUAUAUUUUUUACCAAUAAAAGAAUGACUAUUGCACGUAUAACCGCUGU